CCGGAGGAGACUCCCACGCUGCUGCUGUCUCUCCUCCAAACUUCUUCGCCUCUUUCCACAACUUGUCACAUCUCUGCAAAGGUCCGAGACGUCAGAGUUGGCUGCAUGGCUACAUGAAAGUUUCAUGGACUUGGAACUUGGAAAACUUUUAGCGGCGCUUUAUUGGAGCUCGUCGCCUCUAUAGUUACUGUGGAUUACUGACAUACCGCAGGACCUUUGGCAGCUAUUUACUGGGGGGUUAUCACGGUGUCCUCCGCAGAGGUCUGAGUCGAGAUGGGGAGCAAAGCCCUGCACGCUCCGAUCCCCCUGCACCCGGCCCUCCAGCUCACAAACUACUCCUUCCUGCAGGCCGUCAACACUUUCCCAGCUGACCAGCUGCAGGGACUGUACGGCCUCAGCGCGGUGCAAACCAUGCAUAUGAACCAUUGGACUCUUGGUUACCCGCACAUUCAAGGACUGAGGUCGACGAUCACAGAGAUGGCAGCCGCCCAGGGUCUGGUCGACCCAAGGAUUCCCUUCCCAGCCAUACCGUUCACAGCCGCAGCGCAGCUCUUCCAUCCUAAACAAACCGCCGGUGCGCACGGCGUCCCCUCGCUGCACAAGGACAGGCCGAGGUUUGACUUCGCCAACCUGGCCCUCGCUGCCACUCAGGAGGACCCGCCGAAAUCUGCGGACCUGGCGAAGCUGGCAUCGGGACUAGGGGGAACCAUCUCCGAGCUGAGCAAGCUGUCCCCUGAAAGAAAACCCACCCGGGGCAGGCUCCCAUCCAAAACUAAAAAGGAAUUUAUUUGCAAGUUCUGCGGCAGGCAUUUCACCAAGUCCUACAACCUCCUCAUCCACGAGAGGACCCACACAGACGAGCGGCCGUAUACCUGUGAUAUUUGCCACAAGGCCUUCCGAAGACAAGACCAUCUCAGAGACCACAGAUACAUCCACUCCAAGGAAAAACCAUUCAAAUGUCAAGAAUGUGGGAAAGGAUUCUGUCAGUCUCGAACCCUAGCCGUCCAUAAAACCUUACACAUGCAGGAGUCUCCCCACAAAUGCCCCACAUGCGGAAGAACCUUUAAUCAAAGAAGUAACCUGAAAACUCACCUUCUCACCCAUACAGACAUCAAGCCCUACAGCUGUGGCCGCUGCGGAAAGGUGUUUCGGCGCAACUGUGACUUGCGACGGCACAGUUUGACGCACAGCCCACACCAGGACUACUAGACUGGACAGACUAACAAAAUAACAAUGGACAAAACGCAGGAGGACAAGUCAACGACUUCUUCUUCUUCUCCUUCUUCUCCUUUUUUUUUUUUUUUGUUCAAAGACAAUCUCCAAAUCAGGACACGUUUACUGCAGCAGCCCAUUUUAGAGUGGAAUUUGCACCUCAAGUGGGACAGCAGCGGAGCCAUGGCCAUGUCCAGCUUUCAAAACACCUGUAAAUAUCAAGACCAUGUACAUAAUGUUGUUUUUUUAUUUUCUUUUCUGACCUUGAAAUUAUAAAGUUGUCAAAAACAGUCAUAAGUUUAAAGUAUGUUAAAUUGUAUUUUAGAAAUAAAUA